AUGCCCGCUCCUCAAGAUCCUACCAACAUGCCUAUCCGUGAACAGAUGAAGCAAUUGAUUCAUCGUAAACAAGCAGAGAUCACGAAGGGUCUGGAAACGCUUGACACCGUAACAUUCAAUCCAGACUCCUGGACUCGCGGUAAUGAUGGGGGCGGUGGUACUUCAAUGGUCCUGCAAAACGGUAGCACAUUCGAAAAGGCUGGCGUAAACGUCUCUGUCGUCUACGGCCAGCUCUCGCCACAGGCUAUUUCCGCCAUGAAGCACGAUCACAAAAACCUGAAGUUGCCUGUCGAUGCCAAAAGUGGUCUUCCCCACACCGAGGGUGUCAAGUUUUUUGCCUGUGGUUUGAGUAUGGUUGUCCAUCCUUCCAACCCUCAUGCUCCGACCACACACUUGAACUAUCGUUAUUUUGAGACCUGGAACCCCGAUGGAACCCCUCAAACGUGGUGGUUUGGCGGUGGUGCUGACCUCACUCCAGCUUAUCUAUACGAAGAAGACGCACGCCUUUUUCAUGGAGAACACAAAAAAGCUUUGGACAAACACGAUGUGACGCUAUAUCCUCGCUAUAAAAAAUGGUGUGAUGAAUACUUUUACAUCAAGCACAGAGACGAAACUCGUGGUGUUGGUGGUAUUUUCUUCGAUGACAUGGAUGACCGCAAUCCACAGGAAAUUUUGGCCAUUGUCGAAGAUUGUUUUGACGCACUUCUACCUGCCUAUCUCCCAAUCAUCGCGCGCAGGAAGGACAUGCCUUUUUCUGAAGAGGAAAAACAAUGGCAGUUGAUUCGCCGUGGUCGUUAUGUGGAAUUCAACCUAGUGCUAGAUAGAGGAACUCAAUUUGGACUGAGAACACCAGGUUCGCGCACCGAGUCCAUUCUCAUGAGUUUACCCGUCACGGCAUGCUGGUAUUACGAUCACCAUCCAGAGCCCGGCUCUCGUGAGGAUAAGCUGCUGCAGAUUCUAAAAAAGCCAGAAGAAUGGGCGUGA